AUGCCGUUCCCGAAAAAGGAACGACGAGCCAUUCAUUCUGUCGACGGAUCUGUGGGUGAGGCAUCUUGGGUGUCCUUCUCCAAAGCCAUCAACGGGUCAUGUGGAGCUUCAGUGCGAUACCACUCGGUCACUUAUGAUGCCGACCGAUGCCCCUCAGAUCUAGUAACGGCACCGAUGCAAGUUUCUAUGAGGGAUGUUGCCGUGAUGGGGUUGACGGCGGGUAUGAAAAUUACGAGCUGUUCAUUCAUGGAAAAGUCCAUCUCGAUGCAGGGCGCCGUCGGCUCGAUUACUAGCUCCAACCAUGCCAUUCUCGGACCGAUACUUCAUUUCACCCCUAGGCCCUUUGCCUCAGUCAUACCUCGGUCUCUAGCACCUGGGAGCGCCGAUGGCAGGGGAAUUGUUGAACCAAGAUGGCUGGCGCGGACAUGGAACGUCUGUACCGUCGCUGGGACGUUCUUCAACUCGCUGAGUAAACGUACUGCUAGGCGCCUAGACGAUCGAUGGACCAGUUAUCAAGAGGAGGCCAACAACCCUACCAGCGCCAAGGCACGCAAAAGAGCGUUCAAACGGGGCGGAAUAAUUCAAUUCGAUCUCAAACAGCUAUACGAUACAGAGGAUGGGGCUGCCGAAGCCGGUGAAAAGCCCGAAGAAGAACAGAACACACAAUUGGUUCCUCAGACUCGAGCCACCAGGUCUGUAACCCGCCGGCCCCAGGACGGCGUUUGGACCAUCACUCAGCCAGAUUCGCCUCCCAGAUCAGGUGUUGUGGAAGACCUUGGAGGCAAAGAAAAAGCCCCAGUGGUGAACGUCCAGAGCGAAGCCGGGGAAGAUGAGGAAGUUCAUGUCACACCAUCACAUCCACCUGAGUCGACCAUUGGCCCGGCCUUGUCUGGAGGGCAGGCUACGACGUCCGUAGAGACGGCUCAGGAGCAACACUCGGGCGGGAAGUCAAAUGCCAAAGAAGUUCCUGAGUCCAGUGGGAUACAUCUCGUUGGGGGUGAAAGGCCUGAGCAUGCACUCCGCCCUGACCAGACCAACGACUCGACGCAAGAGGGCGACAAAGCAUCGAGACAAAGUGAUGAUACUCAACCCGCGCCGGUUCCAAUGCCCACAUUUCAAGGUGAGCCAAAGACUAGUGCAUCAGCAUUUCCGAUGGAAGAUAUCGAUGAGGAACAAGAUCAGAAUGAAUCACGGGGAGUCUCUUUGGAAGCUAGUGAAUCUAGGCCACCAGCACCUCAAGCCGGUGUAGGAGGCUCCCUGGCUACUUUUGGAAGGCCAGUGUCUUCUCUCCUUCUCACACAGACGCCGCAUUGGGGGGGAUCGCCCGAAGGAAGACCCAAAGGGUCGACUAGCCAGCAGCCAAGGAAACGCCAAACGCGGAGACAGGCCACGGUAGAAGACGCACCGGAUAGUGACGAAGAAGAAGGGGCAUCUCGCGAUGGAAGUUCAAUGAACCCCGAAACGCAUGACCGGGGUCUUGCUGCCAAGAUGCGACAAGAAGCACGGAACGAGCGCAGUCGCGAGAUCCAGAGGGACAAAGCCGUUGACGGGUCGGACUCAGAGCCUUCAAGGCCAGUGUCAAUGACAGAAGAGCAGAUGGCUUUUGAGAGAGAGGCGGAACGCCACCAGAGAAGAGAGGAGAGGGAGCUCGAGCGAGACAAGCGGAACAAAUCGCGAGGAAACGUUGUUUCCCUCGAUCGGAUGGACAUGUAUUGGUUCUGCCAGGUGGACAUCUACCAGGGAUUCUGGGCCACGCCAUGGGCGUCUGUCGCGCCCCUGCAGACGUCACUGGUUGGUGCUAUCACCGUUAUCCUGGAGGCGUUACUGGGGUUUCUGGAAGAGAAGGCCAGCUUAAUCUACUGCGAUCCAAGCCUCUUCUACUACCAGACCCAGGGUUGGAUCUCUCGCGGCCGCACAUCGUAUCCGGCCUACGCAAGCAAUGCCCGCGGUGGGGUCAUCGCGCAGGGUGCCUAUAAAGGCGUGCACGUCCCGGCCUUCCAGUGCACCAUCCCAGCGCUCGAGCUACUCUAUUCGUACGACUGGCAGGUGUCUAGCUACCUGCACGACCAGGAACUCCACUGCGAGGAGCAGAAUAUCGAGCUGAUGCGAAUCGACGCCUGGCUCUCCUACGUCGGUCGGACUGACAUGAUCUCGCGCGGGCCCAGGGACCUGCUGAACGGAGCGCCGGCGCUUGUGCAGCUCCUCCAGACCGAGUUUGAGGUCGACUUCAUGAACAUCGACCUCUCGGCCAAGGAAGGCGGUCACCAGGACAUCCAGGGCCUGGCCGAUAAUGUCAUGGACUUCCUCACUGACGAGGAGCUCAACGAGGCCGAGCAGUUGUACAUACUUGUUGCCCUGCUCCGCACCGUCAAGGUGUGCCAGUGCGUGUUGGCUGGAUCGAGCACGGCCGAGAUACACGAGAUUCUCUUGAAAGAUGUUCAAGCACAUCUCGUCUGA